AUGGACCAAGAUCCCGACAGCUUCCGUUGUGUCGAAUUCAUCGAAAGACAUGGAAGACAAGAGGAGGCCGUUAUCAAAGAGUGGGCGGGCCCUGUAGAAAGUGGAAGCGACGGACGGAGCGCCGGUACCUGGCUCAGCUGUGGAAUGUACACAGGGAUCGAUCGGCGGGAGGGACAUGCUCCUCCGCGCCACACCCCCGAAGCCGCAACUUAA